AUGAAGCGAGAGACAAACCAAGAAAAGGGUAUGGAGAGAAUUGGUGGAGGAAAGAGGAAGAGAGAGGAAGAAAAGGAGGGAGGGGAAAACUCUCCGCUAGUGAAGGAUCGCCAAGGCAAGUACUGGUACAGGUUCUGUGGUACAAUUAAAGUAGCACGUGCAGGUACCGGUACCUCUCAGGAUCCGUGGUGGGCUGACUGA